AUGGUCGCCUCCAACAACAUCCUCUCGCGCGCCGCGGUCGCUGCACUCACUCUCUCCAAUGUCGCGACGGCCUUCUGGCGCAUGCCCUGCCAUGGACGCACCGGCCUCGCCCGUAUCGACCCUCUUGUGGACACCGGCGAGAUCUCUGACCACGCCCACUCCAUUCACGGAGGAAGCAACUUCGGCUUUACUGCAAGCUACGAUGACUUGAUGGCCUCCGACUGCACGUCUUGCUCCGUGAAAGAAGAUAAGUCUGCGUACUGGACGCCAUCCCUCCAUUUCAUGUAUGCCAAUGGCACCACCGUCGUCGUCCCGCAGGUGGGUGGUAUGCUGUCAUACUAUCUGUUAUACGGCGAGAACGUUCAAGCAUUCCCCGCGGGCUUCCGCAUGCUCGCUGGAGACGGCAGGCUCCGCAAUUUCUCCUGGCCAGUGCCAGAUCCUCCCAAGUCGAACUGGAGCCCAGAGGAAUCCACGCAGUUUGCCCUCUCACAGAAGGCUCUGGGAUUUAACUGCCUGAACUACAAAGCCGAGGCGGAACCGACGCUCUACCGCCACUUCAUGCCCGACAAGAAAUAUCUCGACGCCAACUGCGCCGACGGUCUACGUCUCGAGUUGUUCUUUCCUUCUUGCUGGAACGGAAAGGACUUGGAUACUCGCGAUCACAAGUCCCACAUGGCCUACUCUUCUCUUGUCAUCGAUGGCAACUGCCCCUCUGGUUUUGAGACUCGGCUUCCAUCACUUUUGUAUGAAACCAUCUGGGCAACGCAAGCGUUCAAGGGUGCGGAGGGCCAAUUCGUGCUUUCCAAUGGUGAUCCUACCGGCUACGGCUACCACGGCGAUUUCAUCAACGCCUGGGACAUCGACUUCCUGCAGCGCGCUGUCGACACCUGCACCAACCCAUCUGGCAGGAUUGAGGACUGCCCCCUGUUCACCAUCCAAGACGACUCAGUGUCCACUUCAUGCAAAUUCGAUAUGCCGAAGAAGCUCAAGGACGAAGACUGCGCCGGCCCAGGCGAUGGUUUGUGCGGAAACGUUCCGAUUCAGUCCGGCCCAGACUACGCAUCGCACCUCAAGGCCGGGAAGACUGAGUCGCCGUCUCUGUCGGAGCUGCCUUCCUCGACAGUCGCGCCAACUCUGGUUCCAACCCUGUCUUACACGUCGGGCGGUGUGUCGGUCACCGAUUCACAGGGUGGCGGUAUUGUCGUUCCAGCAGCAGCAGCAACGGUCAGAGUUGCAGACGAAGCGGCAGCGCCCAUUAUCACGGCUCCCGCGAUGUAUGAAGCCGAAGUUGAUGACUCGCCAAAGGACGACAAAUCAAGGUCCACCUCCCGAUACACCAGCGGAGGAGCAGAGUACCACGUCGUGUAUGAGGAAGAAGUCGUGACAGUUACUGCCACUACUACGCAGCACGCCAAACGCAGCAGACACAUCCACCACCGCCGCAACCACGGGCAGGGCCUGAAGGUCCUAUAA